AGCCCCCCAACCAGAUUUUCCAUAGACUUCCGGUAAUACCGGAAGAACCUUUGUUUGUGUAUGUCAAGAUGGCGGCUGGAAUGUAUCUGGAGCACUAUUUGGACAGCAUAGAAAAUUUGCCCUUUGAACUGCAGAGGAACUUCCAGCUGAUGCGAGAUCUGGACCAGAGGACAGAGGAUCUAAAAGGACAGAUUGAUUCUCUGGCUCGUGAAUACACAGCUAACGCUCGGACAUUGUCCUCCGAACAGAAGCUCUCCCUGUUAAGACAAAUUCAGCAGUCUUAUGGGAAGUGCAAGGAGUUUGGCGAUGACAAGGUCCAGCUUGCGAUGCAAACCUAUGAGAUGGUGGACAAGCAUAUCCGAAGGUUGGAUACAGACCUGGCUCGCUUUGAGGCUGACCUCAAGGAGAAACAGAUAGAAAGCACCGAUUAUGACUCUACCUCUAGCAAGGGCAACAAGAGUGAGUGCAACAUAGGCGAUCAUCGAGGACCCAAGAAGAAGGAGGUGACUCGCACUAGGUCAAAGGUGAAGAACUCUGAUGAUGAUUGCAGCUCCAAGAGCGGACAGAAGAAGGUCAAACUCACACAAGGAAAUACCAAAGCGUUAGCAGUUUGCCCUACAGCCUGCUCUGAGUUUUCAACCCCGGCUGUGAACUUUGGGAACGUGCACCCCUCGGAUGUGUUGGACAUGCCAGUGGACCCCAACGAGCCCACCUAUUGUCUCUGCCACCAGGUUUCAUACGGAGAGAUGAUUGGCUGUGACAAUACAGACUGUUCUAUCGAGUGGUUCCACUUUGCCUGUGUGGGUCUGACCACCAAGCCCAGGGGGAAAUGGUACUGCCCAAGAUGUUCACAGGAACGGAAGAAAAAAUGAACAUGCAAAACAAAAGAAUUCACAGAGAGGGAGGUAGAGGCAGAUGCAAGGGUUGAAAGUGUUUUUAAGGCCCUCCAUAGACACUAAUAUAGAUCCAAUCUCUGCUUAAUCUGGUGCUUGUCAUCCUCUUUUCCUUCUUCACAUCCCUCUCUCUCUCUCAGCCAGACAGUAAGAAGGGAUGACGGGUGAAGAUGAAGGAGGCGUAGGUUUUAAUUUAUGUAUUCAAUAAUGAAGAUGACUUUUGUUAUAGAGUAUUUUGGAUUUUGUUUUGGUUCUUAUAUUUUCGGUUUGUUUAUUUGAAUUGUUUUUUUAAAGCUACUUUUAAACACAUGAACUCGACAGUCAGGGAGCGUAUCAACACUUGAUCCCUCAGUUCUUUUUGACGGUUUUAACUCCAGACUGGAUAAUUGCUGUCAGUAUCCUUCUCAGAUGGUUUCUAAUAUGGGAUCAUUUCCUACUAGUCUCAGUUUUUGCCUUUUAAAAAGUGGAACAGGUCCCAGAACGGGCUUGAAACCGAUCCCUUACCUAACUUAUUUUCUCCUUUCGAUAUUCACAAAAGGGCAAGAGUUUAUAUGACAAAAAAAAUUAAAUAAAUUAAAAUAAAUAGCUGCUCACUGGGAUCAUUUAACUUGACUUUUACUCACACUCAGUACAGAUUCUUUCCUCUAUUGUGUCUUUGUCUUACAUUCACAAAUCCUGCACUUGAAGACCAACUCUUCUCUUCAGGUCCAUUCCACAACUGUAGGUUUCAAUGCAGACAUUUUUUGGUGCUUUUGGUCACACACUACUUCGAUCGGAUUAACUCGGUCGUAUUCCAGACUGUUGAAAAGCAUUAACACAGCAUGUAAUGUUCAAUUGAACACCUGGUCAUUAAAUGCGUUUUUUUUUUUUUUUUUGUAACCUAUGAAUUAACUCUAGUAUUGCUGCGAGUUUAGCGGCUGGGUUCUUUGCGACUGGAUUUUGGUGCUUAUGAAUAUAUUAAAGAUGAUGUGUUUGGUUUGGUUAAAUGCGUGAAGUACACAGUACAGCUUACAAUGGUUCUCAGUCGUUGUGUCGACGUUGUUAAAGCAGUAUGAUACUUUUUGCGAGACGUCAGAAUCAAAUGUGCCGAUAUAUCGACUUUACGUAAGAUUUGGUUGUUUUAAUAAAGCAAUUACAGGUGUGUCAGACAAUGCAAACACUUUCAAAACCUGGUGCUACACUGUGUGCUUUGCCGGUUCUAUUAUAUUGUCUGGUGUACGAUGAAGGGUUUGUGUCAUGUGUUUAUUGCCUUUGUGACGUUGCUUUGUGAUUUGAUUGUUCCUGAUAUUCUAGAGUACUGUACUAAUGUCAGAUAAUGGGUCUGGUGUCUUCCAUGCUGAAUGAACAAUGCCUGAUUCUGAAAGCGUCA